AUGACAGAAUCACCUCCAGAGACAGCCAAAACAUGGCGGGAGAUGUAUCGUCUCUGGCCAAAGUGGACCUUCUUCAUUAUUCUGCAGGAAUUCUUCGAAAGAUUCUCUUAUUAUGGCAUCAUGAACACAUUGAUGUUGUAUUUUUUGAAUGUUGUUAAUUUCCAAAGAAGCGAUGCAGUAAUUGCAACUCAAUUCUUCUCUAUUACAUGUUACACAUCGCCUUUUUUGGGAUCAAUUUUGGCUGAUGGAUAUAUCGGCAAAUUUAAGUGAGUUCAUAUUUUUGAAUACUCGUCAUUACUAAUCUACAUAUUCGCUGAUUAUAGAACAAUAUUCAUCCUAUCAGUAGUCUAUACCCUCGGUCAAGCAUUACUAACAUAUUCCGCGACCUUUAAUCCGGGAACGGCAUUCCAUCCAGGAGUCGAUUUGUUGGCCUUAUUUAUAAUUGGUAUUGGAACGGGAGGAAUCAAACCAUGUGUAAGCACCUUUGGAGGAGACCAAUUCGAUCCAAAACAACUGGUCAUGAUCUCCUUGUUCUUCUCCAUCUUCUACUUUUCCAUUAAUGUUGGCGCUACGAUAACUUUCCUGGUCUCUCCGAUUGUUAGAAGUAUGUUGUCAUCCUUUAUGGUCACUUUCAAACAAAAAAAAUUAUGUCGUGGUUAAUGACUCAGAAUAGAAAAAAAAAAUAAUUUUUCAGCCCUCCCAUGCCUCGGCAAAGACUCUUGUUACCCCUUAUGUUUUGGAAUUCCGACUUUACUUAUGGCCGUGGCCACAAUUUGCUUUGGCCUCGGCUCAGUCUACUACAUCAAGAAACCUCCAACAAAUAAUGUCUUCAAACAGGUCUAUGAUACUAUAAAGGUAAGUUCCAGUCGCAAAAUAUGAUACAAAGUUAUGUAUUUCAUUUUAGGAAGCCUUGAGAAAUUACAGAAAGUCGAGUAAUAAAUGUGGCCGCUUUUUGGAUUACAGUUUGGAUGAGCAUGAUUGCAAUAAAGACAAAGAUUGCCGACAAACAAAAGACAAUGGAUCUAAUGGGUAUUGUGCCAAGGUAAUUAUCAUUCGUUUUGUUAUGAUAUUAAAUAAUUUUAAAAAAAUAAUAUAAAAUUUCUAGAAGGUUCUGGUAUCAGAUAUCCGCACCGUAAUAAAAGUAUUGGUCAUCUUUAUCCCCGCAGGUAUUUAUUUUUCCCUAAAUGCGAUGAGAGGAGCCAAAUGGAUCCUCCAGGCCCUAGAGAUGGAUCCCAAUAUAACCGACCAUUUCCAAAUCCUCCCCGAUCAGUUAAGUGUCAUCUAUCCGUUACUGGUGCUCGUAUUGAUUCCAUUUUUAAAUGGAGUUGUUUAUCCGACCGUAGAUCAGUUCUUCAAAGUCACGUACGUUUAAAAAAUUCAAAAUAUAAGAUUCCUAUAUGUAUAGGCCGUUGAGAAAGAUGGUAGCCGGAACAGUCGUCGCGGGAUUUGCUUUUUGGAUAGCUGCAGUUGUCCAGUCCAGAAUAGAUGUAAGCCCAUUCGCAGAACAACAUUAUUUCAGGCCUAUUCGACACCUCUACCUUCAAUACAUCAGUCUUUUGUCACAUUUACAACCAAUAUUCGAGACUGCCGGAUUACAAUCAACUCAACUGUUGGCACUUUUGAUGUUUCUCAAUGGACGGUAACUUAUCAUAAAGAAUUUAAUUUCUUUUAGGAAAAUCUUCAACAAUCAUCUUCUGAGUCUUUUCUGCGCCUAGUUCCAGGCUCCAAUAACAUUGAAGUAUAUUACGGUGGAGAAAACUGCGCCUACAAAAAUGACUCGCAUGAAUACCAGCCUCUAGAAUUAGCUCCAAAAGGAAUGUAUAACAUCUUGAUAUCCCCGAAAAAAAUGAUAAAAAUGAAAUUGGAUCCAAGGAAGACAACUCAGGCCAAUGGAGCAUUUAGUCAAGCGUGGGUUACCGUAAUUCAAGUGACUUUUCUUUUAGAUAUGUCGUUUUGAAUGCUCAAAACAUCUCCUUGGCAUUAUGCCGGCAAAAAGAUGAUGAUAAUGCAACGAUUACUGACUGCAAUCCAACAAAACCAAAUGAUUAUUACUUUUUUAAGCCUAUGGAAUCAGAAUCUGAUAUAAAUUCUACACAAUUCGAAAAGCAAUUUGUCAAACAAGGCCGAUGGCAUCUGUUUCUGGUCAAUAACUCUGAACAUUAUCCGAUGAAACACGAAUUCUCAAGAUUCAAAGCUGGAGGCGUUUACUUAACCAUGCUGGAAAUAGAUCAGAACAGAGAAGCGGCCAAUGUAUCCACCUUGAACUACGUAAUGGAUAAUCAAAUUCAUCUCCUUUGGCAAGCUCCACAGAUCUUCUUGAGUGUUUUGGCUGAAUGUUUAUUCCAAAUAACGGGAAAUGAAUUUGCAUUUACACAAGCAGCACCCUCAAUGAAGGCGAUUAUUCAAGUAAGCCAUUUACGGGUUAUGCUUAAUUUAAAACUGAAUGGAGUCUGAAACCUCUGAAAACAAUCCUUUAGGCCUUUUGGUUAUCGACGAUUGCCUUUGGUGAUGUAGUUGUAAUCGUAAUCGAGAAGCUGGGAAUCUUUUCCCGGGACCAGCUGUCCAUUUGGGAGCUGUUAUUUUACGCCACCAUGGUGCAUUUGGAUGCCCUUGUCUUGGCAUAUCUGGCCAAUUUCCAUUACACUUAUCGGGUCGAAUACACCGAAUCGAGAAGAAAGAAAUCAAAAUUGGAGAGAAAGAUCAGCCGCAACGACGCCAUCUCCAUGGGAAUGAUCAGCUUUCCCAUGGAGAAUGAGCACAUCGAAGAAGACAACGAAAGAUUGGCUGUGAACGGCUAG